AUGGGCGGCACCGGGAGGGAAGGCGCAGGGAAGCCGCCGUGCCGGCUGCAGCGCCUGCCGGUGGCGCUCUGCGUCAUGAGCUGCGCGGCGGGCUUGUUGCUGGGCAGCAUUCGGCGAGUCCACACGGACCUGGACCCCCACCUCGUGGCCCUGAGGCCCGCGGCUGCGACGCAAGGCGCCUCGGGCUCCUUUCAACAGUGUGGUUCCGCCGGUCGCUGUGACGGCCAGGGGAAUGGCGCACGGGUCGGCGAUGCUGCGUUGGAGGCAAUACUGGCACCGAUUUCCAGGGACAAAGAAAUUCUCGUCGCUGUGACAAAUUCUGCCCUCAUCAACGCUGACGGCACGUUCGGGAUGCUUCGCACCUGGCUGGACGCGGUCCAAAAUGCGGGAGUCGUUAACUACGUCGUGGUGUGUCUGGAUGACAGGGAGUUCCUGCUUCUUGGGUAUUCUGUGUUGCUGUCGGACGUCGACGUGGUCGUCUUGAAGAACCCAUUUGAUCGCCUCUACAGAGACAGAGAUGUGGAGGGGAUGAGCGACGGCUUCGAUCCAGUCACAGCUUACGGCUACGACGAUGUUUUCGAUGACCCCCUCAUGGGGUGGUCGCGGUACGCCCACACCAUGAGAAUAUUCGUGCUGAACUCGGGAUUUUUCUACAUCCGCCCCAACUGCCGAACCGUGGCGUUGAUGGAACGGAUCACAUCUCGGCUAAUGAAAGAAACUGCCUGGGAUCAGGUUCGAAUUUUGAACAUAUACGAUUUUGUCAACUCAAAGACGCUUUUCAGGACGAUGAGGAAUGAGGAGCAGUACACGCAUCACACCCCGGUGGCGGUUCACGUCAACUACCACCCGGACAAGUGGCCGCGUAUGAAGGCCGUUGUGAAGAGAUACGUGGAUGGAGACGUCGAUGCCCUGAGCUCAUUUCCAACGGGAUCGUGCCACGGCGCACCCAAUUGCUGA